AUGCAUCGGGCUAUUGCAUCGACCGCGCGGUCUUCCUUGAGAUCCGGCUCUGUAGGAAGACUUCGUCCACUUACUGCUAUCCAACCUAGUUUACAGCAGAAAAGAUAUGCACACAAGGAAUUGAAAUUCGGAAUCGAGGGUCGGGCUUCGCUGCUCGAGGGUGUGGAGACUCUGGCAAAGGCUGUUGCCGUCACAUUAGGACCCAAGGGACGAAAUGUUCUGAUAGAGAGCCCCUACGGCAGCCCAAAGAUCACCAAGGAUGGUGUUACAGUCGCUAAGGCUAUCACAUUGAAGGACCCCUUCGCAAACCUCGGUGCCCGUCUGCUCCAAGACGUUGCUAGCAAGACCAAUGAGAUUGCUGGUGACGGUACUACUACUGCUACUGUCCUUGCCCGCUACAUCUUUACCGAAACUGCCAAGAACGUUGCAUCCGGAUGCAACCCACUGGAUUUGAGGAGAGGUACCCAGGCUGCCGUUGAAGCUGCCAUCAAAUACAUUCAGGAGAACAAGAGAGAAAUCACUACCUCCGCCGAGAUUGCUCAGGUUGCUACCAUCUCUGCUAAUGGCGACCAGCACAUCGGAAAGUUGAUUGCCAGUGCUAUGGAGAAGGUCGGAAAGGAGGGUGUCAUCACUGUCAAGGAGGGAAAGACCAUCGAGGAUGAGCUUGAGGUUACUGAGGGUAUGAAGUUUGACCGAGGAUAUAUCUCGCCAUACUUCAUGACCGACGCCAAGUCCCAGAAGGUCGAAUUCGAGAAGCCUCUCAUUCUCCUCUCUGAGAAGAAGAUCUCUGCUGUUCAAGACAUUAUCCCAGCCCUUGAGCUCUCUACCCAGCAGCGACGACCACUUGUCAUCAUUGCCGAAGACAUUGAUGGCGAGGCUUUGGCCGUCUGCAUUCUCAACAAGCUCCGUGGCCAACUCCAAGUGGCUGCCGUCAAGGCCCCUGGAUUUGGUGACAACCGAAAGAACAUCUUGGGUGAUAUCGCCGUCUUGACCAACGGUAUCGUCUUCACCGACGAGCUCGACGUCAAGCUUGACAAGCUCACCCCAGACAUGCUCGGAUCCACCGGCAGCAUCACCAUCACCAAGGAGGACACCAUCAUUUUGAAUGGAGAAGGUUCCGCUGAUGCUAUUGCUCAGAGAAGUGAGCAGAUCCGUGGUGUCAUUUCUGACGCCUCCACUUCCGAGUACGAGAAAGAGAAGCUCCAGGAGCGUCUCGCUAAGCUACAGGGCGGUGUUGCUAUCAUCAAGGUUGGUGGCUCUAGCGAGGUUGAGGUCGGUGAGAAGAAGGAUCGUGUUGUCGAUGCUUUGAACGCCACCCGUGCUGCCGUCGAGGAAGGUAUCGUUCCCGGUGGCGGUACUGCUCUCCUCAAGUCUAUUGCCAUCCUCAACGAGCUCAAGGGUGGUAACCCAGACCAAAACCUUGGUAUCAACAUCGUCAAGUCUGCCAUCACCCGCCCUGCCAGGACAAUUGUUGAGAACGCUGGCGAGGAGGGUAGCGUUGUCGUUGCUAACGUCAUGGCUGACCCUAACUUCAACAACGGUUAUGAUGCCGCUAAGGGAGAAUAUACCGACAUGAUUGCUGCUGGUAUCAUUGACCCAUUCAAGGUUGUCCGAACCGGCCUUGUUGACGCCUCUGGUGUCGCUUCCCUUCUCGCCACCUCUGAGGUUGCUAUCGUCGAUGCUCCAGAAGAGAAGGCACCACCAGCUGGUGGUAUGGGAGGCGGUAUGGGCGGUAUGGGCGGUGGCAUGUUCUAA